GUUCUGUCAGAUUCAAGAUGGCUGCUGGGGACUACAGCGGCAGGCCUCCCUGCCUACAUUUCUCCGGCCCAGGGCCUUUGGGAAAUGGCCAGCCCAGCAACAGUGGUUAUUCAAUUCCUACGUCCAACGGUGGGCCCGCUGGUGCGGCCGGAGGGGUUCAGGGGGCUGCAAGGCGCCCCAACCCGCAGUCGGGGCCUGGCGGAGGCGAAAGCGCCGGUGUUGCAGCUGGAACUCCACCGACCGUGCAGAACUCGAUUCAGCAAGCGUCAGCUCAAAGCACCGCGGCAGGGGCGGCCUCCGGAGCGAUGGCGACCUCCGCUACGAACUUGACUGCGAGUGCAGCAUCGAAUGUGUCCGCUGCGAGUGUACCAGGGACCCAUUCCUCACUGUCGUCAGCACCAGCGGCCGCCGCUGUUUUGGUUUACAGGGAGCCCGUGUACAACUGGCAGGCGACGAAAAGCACCGUAAAGGAACGAUUUGCUUUCCUGUUCAAUAACGAAGUUCUGAGUGACGUUCAUUUUCUGGUGGGGAAAGGUAUGGGAGUGCAACGAAUACCCGCACACAGGUAAGAACGAACGUGUAUUUCUCUUAUAACUAACGUUAUAGCUUACAUAGUUUGUCUACAAAGAAUGGUUAGUAGAAUAACGAAAUUUGUCUAAUUUUCGUGUUUAUUAAUCCAAGCGACUUUAAUGCAUCAUGUUAGUGGUGAAAGGCAUUGUUUUGAUUUGAUGGCUUUUGUUUUGGUUAGGUUCGUUCUUGCUGUGGGCAGCGCAGUCUUCGAUGCCAUGUUCAAUGGGGGUAUGGCGACCACCUCAACGGAAAUCGAGUUGCCAGAUGUCGAACCUGCUGCCUUUCUGGCAUUACUGAAGUAAGUAAGAAAGACUUUAUGGUUUAGAUCCAAUCAUAAUACCCCAAAUGGUCUCCUCCCAUCCAAGGUAUUUGACAGUUUAUGGCCAUAUAGUACGUGUAACCGGUGUGAUAUGGCUAACUAGUUAGCGGCGCGCUAGUAGCGUUUCAAUCGGUGACGUUACUCGCUCUGAGACCUUGAAGUAGGCUUUUGUGGAGCGACGGGUGACUGUUGGAUGUGUGCAGAGGGUCCCUGGUUCAAGGCGAGGAGAGGGCCGGAAACAACACUGUUACAUAUGCAGAACCCAGGUUAUCUGUGCCACCCAAGACUGUUAAUGCCAACUUAUGCAUUACAGGUCCCUUGUAGCUCACUUGUUAGAGCAUGGCGCUUGCAACGCCAGGGUUGUGGGUUCAUUUCCCACGGGGGGCCAGUAUGAAAAAUGUAUGCACUCACUAACUGUAAGUCGCUCUGGAUAAGAGCGUCUGCUAAAUGACUAAUAUAUAAUAUAUAUACUCGAUCUGAACAUGUGGUCGGAGGCUUCGUAUGACGGGUGUGACGCAAUUGCAGAGCCCCUGGAGGCAUGUAGAGGCCAAAUCAAGCUCCAUACCGCAUCACAGUGCGCCUCUCAAAUUUUGUAACAAUGUGGAGGGCUCCGUAUAGCCCCAUAUUGACAUGAUUGGUUAACGAUAGGUGGGGGCGGUACAUCCUAUAUAAAUACAUUUACAUUUUAGUCAUUUAGCAGACGCUCUUAUCCUUAAACACAAACUCGCUUCCUUCACAAUAGCUUUGCUCUGCUAAGCGCAAGAAGUAUGAAAGCCCUGACAUCUGCGGAGGCUGAAUCAGUAAAUGUAGUAUGGCCACUUCAGGCCCCAGAUUGACCAUGCAGGGCCUUUAAGUCCACUAAAGGCGUCCUUGUGCUUCCCAGCCGAAACAGUUCGGAAGAGUUCGUGCAUAUAUUAUGACGAUAUUUUGUGACGUUUUUGUUCGUUUUGAACUUCGGUAAGGUUUUCUUUCCGAUGAUCCGGCACACGACAUUCUUUUCCGUAAGGCCAGCUGAAGUCCGGUAGCCGAAGUAUACGCCCCUACGUACGUGAUUGGACAACUGUAGGAAUUAUUCAACGAGAGACGACUUGUUAUAAUGCUAUUUUUUCCCAUUCAGAAAUACUGCACCAAACAUUGUAGUUAGAUGUAAAAUGGCGCGACUAAGAUCUCCUCGCCAAAAACGUCUAAAUUAAUUACAGAUUUCUUGAGUUAUCUUAGAUUAAUUCAGACUAUUUUGAGGAAGUGUAUACUGGUUACGGCGACUCAAAAUUGACAAACGGUACUAUUGCUGCCUUUUUCUCGUUUUUUGAAAGAAGGUAUUUUAAGGGAGUCACUCGUUCGGUUCGGCUAGCCGCCAUCCGAACUGAAGCAAGAUACGCAGAUAGAUUGUAAUAUUGUUGUAUGAUGGUAUUAUACAUUUUGUAUUGUAGAUAUGUAGUGGUGUAAUAGUGUUAUAUGAUGUACUGUUUUAUCUUUUGUUUUAUGUGUAAUGUGUCUUAUGGUAGCAGCUAAUGGGGAUCCCUAAUAAAUACAAAUACUGACGCCUUAAGAUUAAAGGUGCCCUGCUAUCAGUCAUCUAAUCUUGUCCCCUCCAGGUUCCUGUACUCUGAUGAGGUCCAGAUAGGGCCUGAGACGGUGAUGACCACUCUGUACACGGCUAAGAAGUAUGCAGUGCCGGCCUUGGAGGCCCACUGUGUGGAGUUCCUCAAGAAGAACCUGCGGGCUGACAAUGCCUUCAUGCUACUCACUCAGGUUAGCUACUAUUGUACUGUGUGUCUGGGAUGCAGUCUCUAAACAAGUCAACCAGUGCCUGAUUGUGUGGCCUGACCCAGUAUCAAAAUAAGUCUGCUACAGUUUGUCUGAAUGUCUCAAAACAAUAGGUCAGUCCCAAAACAUUGAUUUGCAUAGAUUCUUGGUCAGUUCAUAUAAAGUACUGUUUACUGCAUGUGAGUCUCUGAUCGAUGUGAGUGUGUUUCAGGCCCGACUGUUCGAUGAGCCCCAGCUUGCCAGCUUGUGUCUAGAGAACAUUGAUAAGAAUACCGGAGAUGCACUCGCAGCUGAGGGUUUCACUGACAUAGAUCUGGGUAUUGUAGUUCACUCUGGAUUUUGUAGUUCACUCUACAUAUGGUAAUCCAUUCUUUAAACGCGCAUGGCAAUGUUUGUCUCACCCUCUCCCUCUCCUUUUCACACUUUCCCCUUCUCCUAUCUGUCUUCUCUUCCUUCCCUCUCUUCUCCCUCUCUCUGUCUUCUCUCUUACCCUCUUGUCCACUCCCUCCAUCUAUCUAUCCUCUCUCAGAUACUUUAGUGGCUGUGCUGGAGCGGGACACUCUGGGGGUGAGGGAGGUGCGUUUAUUUGUUGCGGCGGUGCGCUGGGCAGAGGCAGAGGCCCACCGGCAGCAGCUACAGCCCACCCCAGAGAACAAACGCAGGGUCCUGGGCAAGGCCCUUGCCCUCAUCCGCUUCCCACUCAUGACUAUCGAGGAGUUCGCCGCAGGUAACACACACACACACACACACAGACAGUCAUUUUUGCAUGCUAGGUCUCUCUCACUAUCUCAGUCUCACUCUGACAUGUCUUGCUGUCUCCACCCAGGGCCGGCCCAGUCUAGUAUCCUGACAGACAGGGAGGUGGUGAGUCUGUUCCUUCACUUCACAGUGAACCCAAAGCCCCGCGUGGAGUUCAUCGACCGGCCUCGCUGCUGCCUCCGGGGGAAGGAGUGCAGCAUCACACGCUUCGGACAGGUGGAGAGCCGCUGGGGCUACAGCGGGACCAGUGACCGCAUACGGUGAGAACACACACAGACCCAAUUAACUAUCACACACACAAACAUACUAAUUGAAUCCCAAAAAUAUUGCCUGAGGGCAUACUCUAUCCCUCCUGCCCUCACCUCUCCCACUCUCCUCUUCUUCUCCUCUCCUAUUUUUAUAUUCCCACUCUUCCUGUCCACCUCUCCCAGGUUUUCAGUGAACAGGAGGAUCUUCGUGGUGGGCUUUGGCCUCUACGGCUCCAUACACGGCCCCACAGACUACCAAGUCAACAUCCAGGUACUGUCCACCUUAACUAACUAAAUUAGUCUGUAUCAACAGAAUACAUUGGAACAAAUAGAUCCUUCCCUCUCUGGUGUUUGUCUCUCCUAAAUCAUUGAUGACAGUAUAUACGUUCCUGUGGAUAGAUAUAUAUUAACAGUGUGUUGGUGUAGAAUCUGUGACCGUUGCGUCCCAAAUGGCACCUUGAUCCCAUUAUAUUGCACUACUUUUUGACUAGGGCCAAUGGGGCUCUGGUUAAUAGUGGUGCACUAUAAUGGGAAGAUGGUACCAUUUGGGACGCAAGCGAUGUUUCUGUAAUGUGUCCUUCUCUCCUCCCAGAUCAUUCACACAGACAGUAACACAGUGCUGGGUCAGAACGACACAGGCUUCAGCUGUGAUGGCUCAUCCAACACCUUCAGAGUCAUGUUCAAGGAGCCGGUGGAGAUCCUACCCAACGUUAACUACACAGCCUGCGCCACACUCAAGGUACAGGCUUACUGUACAUCCAUGUCACUGUACAUGUUUGUUUAGGUUGGAAUGUUUUGAAUGGUGUUAUUUCCUCCCUGGAUAGGUGUGGUCCUGUUCUGGCUGUGUGUAACCACAGUGAUGUUCUCUGUAUCCCUCUCUGUCUCUGUAUCCCUCUCUGUCUCUGUAUCCCUCUCUGUCUCUGUAUCCUCUCUGUAUCCCUAUCUGUCUCUGUAUCCCUCUCUGUCUCUGUAUCCCUCUCUGUAUCUCUCUGUCUCUGUAUCCCUCUCUGUAUCUCUCUGUCUCUGUAUCCCUCUCUGUCUCUGUAUCCCUCUCUGUAUCCCUCUCUGUCUCUGUAUCCCUCUCUCUCUGUAUCCCUCUCUCUCUGUAUCCCUCUCUGUCUCUGUAUCCCUCUCUGUCUCUGUAUCCCUCUCUGGCUCUGUAUCCCUCUCUGGCUCUGUAUCCCUCUCUGGCUCUGUAUCCCUCUCUGGCUCUGUAUCCUCUCUGUCUCUGUAUCCUCUCUGUAUCCCUCUGUCUCUGUAUCCCCCUCUGUCUCUGUAUCCCCCUCUGUCUCUGUAUCCCUCUCUGUAUCCCUCUCUGUCUCUGUAUCUCUCUGUCUCUGUAUCCCUCCCUGGCUCUGUAUCCCUCUCUGGCUCUGUAUCCCUCUCUGUCUCUGUAUCCCUCUCUGGCUCCUCUCUGUCUCUGUAUCCUCUCUGUAUCCCUCUGUCUCUGUAUCCCCCUCUGUCUCUGUAUCCCCCUCUGUCUCUGUAUCCCUCUCUGUAUCCCUCUCUGUCUCUGUAUCUCUCUGUCUCUGUAUCCCUCUCUGGCUCUGUAUCCCUCUCUGGCUCUGUAUCCCUCUCUGGCUCUGUAUCCCUCUCUGGCUCUGUAUCCCUCUCUGGCUCUGUAUCCCUCUCUGGCUCUGUAUCCCUCUCUGGCUCUGUAUCCCUCUCUGGCUCUGUAUCCCUCUCUGGCUCUGUAUCCCUCUCUGGCUCUGUAUCCCUCUCUGGCUCUGUAUCCCUCUCUGGCUCUGUAUCCCUCUCUGGCUCUGUAUCCCUCUCUUUCCUUCCCCUUCACUCUCUCCACUUCCUCUCUCCUCGUCUUUCUCAGGGUCCUGACUCUCACUAUGGGACCAAGGGCAUGCGUAAGGUGACCCACGAGUCGUCCUCCACCGGCACCAAGACAUGCUUCACCUUCUGCUACGCUGCGGGAAACAACAACGGCACCUCGGUAGAGGACGGACAGAUCCCUGAAGUCAUCUUCUACACCUAG